AUGAUGGGGAUGAUGAAUGAUAGCACAGGAGGUGACUUCAUCCUGGUUGGUUUUUCAGACCAGCCCAAACUGGAGAAGAUUCUCUUUGUGGUUGUUUUGAUCUCCUACCUCCUGACCCUGGUAGGCAACACAACAAUCAUCCUGGUUUCUCGCCUGGAUCCAAAACUUCACACUCCAAUGUAUUACUUCCUUACCAACCUCUCCCUCAUUGACCUCUGCUUCACUACAAGUAUUGUUCCUCAGCUUCUGUGGAACCUGAAGGGACCAGCUAAGACCAUCACUCCCAUAGGCUGUGCCAUUCAACUCUAUGUCUCUCUGGCACUGGGAUCCACUGAAUGUGUUCUUCUGGCUGUCAUGGCAUUUGAUCGCUAUGCUGCUGUUUGCAGACCACUCCACUAUGCUACUGUCAUGCAUCCAAGGCUAUGCCAGUCCCUUGCAGGGAUUGCAUGGAUGAGUGGGUUGGGCAAUACACUGAUUCAGGGCACCAUCACUCUUCAGUUGCCUCUCUGUGGGCACAGAAGGCUCUACCACUUUAUAUGUGAAGUGCCAGCUAUGAUCAAGUUGGCAUGUGUAGAUAUUCAUGCCAAUGAAAUCCAGCUUUUUGUGGCUUCCUUGGUCUUGCUCCUCCUGCCUCUGGGGCUGAUAUUAAUUUCCUAUGCACUCAUUGCCCAGGAAGUGAUGAGAAUCAGGUCAGCCCAAGCUUGCCAAAAGGCUCUGAGAACCUGUGGAUCUCAUCUUUUGGUGGUAUCCAUUUUCUAUGGGACUAUAACAGCUGUCUACAUUCAACCCAAUAGUCCUUAUGCCCACAGGCAAGGCAAGUUCAUCACUCUUUUAUAUACUGUGGUGACUCCUACCCUCAAUCCCCUCAUUUAUACUUUGAGGAACAAGGAUAUGAAGGGUGCACUGAAAAGGCUGCUAGGAAAAGAUCCAAGAUAG